AUGAACGAAAUUUGUGCCAUAUUAUACUAUGUUUUCAUGCAAGAAAAACAAGAUGAUCCCUUAAUAAACGAAGCAGACUGCUUCUUUUGCUUCUCUUUAAUAAUGACUGACCUUAAGGAGGCUUUUGUGAAGACCUUUGAUGAUGAUAAAGGAGGUAUAAAGGAUAAAAUAUAAAUGUUACUAUUUAUAGAAUCAUUUUGA